AUGGAUACGAUCAGGAAAGCCCUCUACCCUCCCUUGACGACGACGUUCACUGCGGGAUCCUCUUCCUCCGCUUCCGCUUCAUCCAAGAAGAAGGCCGCUCCCGAAACCGACGCUGAGGCUCAGGAGCAACGAGUCUUCGUCACCGCCCUGCACGAGACGUCAAAGACGCACGCUUCUUCGCCGACGGGGACUUAUCAUCCUCAGAUGCUAGACCGCCUUGCCCACGUCCUCCUCCCUACCUCCAACGCCGACCCGACCAGGGCAAAAGAGACGCACGAGACCAUCACCCGCGCUCACCUCGUAUCCAAACGCAUGGAGAGGGAAUCCCGAGAAAGAGCCUUGCGAGCAAAAGAAGCCAGCUUGAAACGAGCAUGCGACGCCCUCAGAGCCAUCUCGGAAUCCUCUUCCGACCGCUCGGUCAAGAGGUUGUACGAGGCCGCCAUGUACCAACCGGACGUGAGGAACAAGAACUCGGCUUCCCCCGCUCCCGAGGUGGAAGAGGGGAAGAAGCUGUCCCUGGCGGAGAGAAAGUAUUAUGAUGCCAGGAUCGAGGGGGUGUUUCCUAGGGAGAUGAAGGUGCCGAGGGAUACGUGGCCGAACGGGGAGAGGUGGGAUUACGGGUGGAAGCGGGUCGGGGUAUGA